AUGGAAGUAGAAAACAUUAACACUGAUGACUUCCUGCCAGCCAAAAAGACGGUAAAGUUAAAAAAUGUAAAACGCAGGGCAGUUUCUGAAUCAGGUGAAGUCAUGGAAGUCGAAGAACACAACGGAAUUCAAGGCAAACCUAAGCACGGAAAACCGAAAGCAAAAAGGAUGAAAAAGAAUGCAGAACCCAACGAAAGUAAAGUCAACAUGAGGAAAGUUGCAGUUCCUGCCCAUAGGUAUACUCCAUUGAAAGAGAACUGGCUUAAGAUUUUUACACCAAUUGUUGAGCAUCUCUUACUUCAAGUCCGAUUCAACACCAAAACAAGAAAUGUUGAAAUCAGAGUUGGUCCCGAGACAAGAGAUAUAGCUAACUUGCAAAAGGCUGCAGACUUUGUUAAGGCCUUUAUAUAUGGAUUUGAAGUUGAGGAUGCAUUAGCACUACUAAGAUUGGAUGAUUUGUUUGUGGAGUCUUUUGAAGUUAAGGAUGUAAAAACACUGCAAGGUGAUCAUUUGGGGCGUGCUAUUGGCAGGUUGGCAGGAAAAGCAGGUAGAACAAAGUUCACAAUAGAAAAUGUUACAAAAACAAGAAUAGUGUUGGCAGACUCGAAAAUUCACAUACUAGGUAGUUACCAGAAUAUUGCACUGGCAAGGAGAGCUAUAUGUAACCUCAUUAUGGGAUCACCACCUUCUAAGGUCUAUGGAAAUUUAAGAAAUGUUGCAAAUAGGGUUGCUGAGAGAUUU